GGACGCUGGCCCAAGCGCGUGCCGCGGCGGCCCGCCCGCGCCCUGCGAGCCGCAGCCUGCUGGAGUGCACGCCGGAGGCAGAGCCGGCAGCGCAGGGGCCAGCCGGCACCAGCUCGAGCGGCAGCUCCUCGUCCGAGCCCAAGCCCGACGCCGUCGGCGGAAGGGCGCGGGGGCUGAACAGGAGGUCGCGGCGGCGGCUGGCGGAGUUCCUGGGGGCGGCGCUGGGCUUCGAGAAGAAGGGGCUCAGCCCGUUGGAGGCCAAGGCGGUGUCGGACAACGUUCGGCGCUACUACUCGAGCCACCUCCACGGACUUAGCAGUUCGCCAAGGAGCUCGACCCAACGCUCGCGGACGACGACGGCGUGGACGUCUGGCUCGUGAAGCUCUUCAACUCGAGCUUCCUUGGUGGCCAGCAGCCGGACUGCGGGGAGAAGGCAUUGGCUGCCUUUGCGGACCGCCACCCGGCCUUCAGCACGGCUGGGAUAAGCGGAGGCUGCCGCGGGCCUGGCGCUGCCUCCGCGGGCGGCGCCGCCUUGCGCCCGGCCGCCCGAGGCGGCUCCUGCCCCAGGCGGCGUGGAAGGCGAUCGCCGCCGACCUUUGUCUGCGGGGGCGCAGGCUGAUGGCCGCGGCAGUGCUGCUGGGCGUCGGGGCCUACCUGCGGCCCCGCGAGCUGAUGAAGCUCCGGCCCGAGGACCUGGCCGGCCGACCCGAGACGCGCCCGGACAUUAGUCGCUGAUCAUUUGCCCUCAGACGAGGGGCAUCACCACCAAGGCGCGGGCGAUGGACGACAGCGUGGUGCUGAACUGCAAGCGGCAGCAGUGGAUGACGCCGCUGUGGGCGGCGCUUGCGGGGGCCCCCCGCGGGAAGCCGGUCCGGACCUUCACGCGCCCAGAGCUGGCGAAGCAGUUCAGGGAGACGCGCAGCCAGCUCGGCGCCCCGGCGGUGCCCUACAUGAUGAGGCAUAGCGGUCCCAGCAUCGACAGGGCGCUGCAGUUCCGCCCCCUCGACGACGCGCGCAAGCGGGGGCGCUGGGCGAGCCGCAAGUCGGUCGCGCGGCACGAGAAGGCAGCAAGGCUGAGCAAGGCGUGGCACGACCUCGCGCUGGCCAGCCAGAGGCGGUGCGAGGCGCUCGACGCGCGCCUCGAGGAGCAGCUGCUGCGGGGCGCCGGCCGCGGUGCCAGCGGCACGGCGCGCCGCUGAGGGGCCAGUGCCUGGGGGGGCCUCUUCGCCGCCGCGGGCGGCGUCGCCCGCGCCAGCCGUCGCCUGGGCGUGCCCGCUCGAACCUGGGUGGUCCAGGGCGACCCCUCGAGCGACCUGGCGCGCCCGCUUGUGCUCCGUUGCAUUCGCCAAGAUGCCAGCGCGGGCAGGCUUUUGGCCGCGAUGUUUGCACCCUCGUGUCAGACGUUCUCGGUGGCCAGAGACUGCGCGGUAGUGAUAAGGGCGCCCGAGUUUCCUUGGGGAGCGCCCUGGUGCAGCACCCGUGAUGCUGUAUAGCUGCUCCAGGGCAGCGCUUGCCUAACCUCUCGCCUCAACCUUAUAAGAUAUAUGCACGCCAG